CUCCAGCCGGCUACAUAUCAACCGCCGACAACGUCCAUCGCCCACCCAUGCUCCGUGCACCUGCGCUGCGGCUCAGGCCUGUCUCCAGACUCUUCGCCAUGUCCACCAAGCCCGUGCCCAACAUGAACGACGAGCCCGCGCCUGCGGGGAGCGUCGUCCUCAUCUCGCCCACGAACGAGGUGCUCAUGCUGCAUCGCGUGCGCACGGCGUCGGCGUUUCCGUCCGCACACGCGUUCGCGGGCGGCAAAGUGUCCGAGGAGCAGGACGGGCGCGUGCCCCCGCCCGGCGAUCCGCGGCGGCACGUCGACAGCCGCGCAUAUCGGCUGUGCGCGAUCCGCGAGACAUUCGAGGAGAGCGGCGUGCUGCUCGCCAAAGACAGGACGGGGCAGCUGGUCGACCUGCCUGAGGCCACGCGGAAGAAGAUGCGCGUAGCAGUGCACAAGGAGGAGGUCAAGUUCGUGGACUGGCUCAAGGAGAUCGGCGCCGAGCCGGAACUUGACGCGCUCAUCCCGUUCACGCGGUGGAUCACGCCGCCGGGCUUCCCAAAGCGUUUCUCCGUGCAGAUGUACCUGUACCUCCUGCCGCUGGACUAUAGGGGCGCGCUGGACCCCGAGCACGACGGCGGGCUCGAGCAUACGCAGGCCGAACUGGCACCGCCGACCGAGUGGACGGCGCGCGCCCUCCGCGGCGACGUGAUCAUGUACGAGCCGCAGGCGUACAUCCUUGCCGUACUCGGCCAGUUCCUCACGGGCCCCGGGGACUAUGCCGCGCAACGCGCGGCGCUCAGCUCGUGGCUCUGGCGCAUGCCCACCGGCAAGACGGAUCACUACACCGCGCAGAUCCCGUGGGCGGACAAGGUGUUUUGUCCCGUGCACGUCGGCACAACGGCGAGUGGGAAGGAGAUCCUCGCGAUGGAGCCUGCUGGGCCGGAACUCGAGGGACAAGGCAGGGGAGGGGACCACGACCGUGUCGUGCUCGUCAACGACUGGGUGCAGAGCUCGAGACAUAUUGAAGUGCGCAUGCGUGACGAAGUCGAGGCGGAGGAGAGGGCUGCGGGCGCGGCGCCGAAGAGCAGAGUGUGAAGAGGUGUAUAUUGUACUUUGUUAGUUUGCGCGUAGGGAUGGCUUCAUUCGCAGACUUCAUGGACUGUCUG